AGACUCUGGAAUUUGUGUAAAAUCCCAACAAUUAGCAACCUGAAGCUUCUAAUGCCAUGAAUUGUAAAGGGGACCAUGUGGAGAAAAAAGCUGUGCAUUUCUGGUCCAGAAUCUCUGAAGUUGGGCAGAAGGCGUUUGAAGAAGCCUUGAAGGUCUUCAAUCCGAUAUCAAAUGAUCCUCUUGACACUGAGACUCAGUUAGUGGCGUUCCUUCAAGGUCUUCGUGAAGAAGGGUGUCAGCCAACAGUCUUAAAGAGCAAAGAUGUCUAUGGCUACAGUUCCUGCACAGCUAAAUCUCCAAAUCCAUUGGACAAGGUGGCAAAAAAUCUUGCUGAAGCAGCUAAGGUUUCUAAAAUUUCAUCAAAAAAUUCAUUGAAGGUGUCCAGUUGCACAGACAAAACUAACAAUUCAAAUUCUGCACCCAAAGUACUAGCUGGACGUAUUCCAAUAACACGUUCUCCAAACUUUUUGUUGAGUUCAUUAAAACACAAAAGUACAAGCCCCACAAAGACAUUACGUCCAAACGGACAACCAGCUAUGCAGUUGUCAGUUGUGUUAGAAGCAUUGGUUCCUCUUACAGUGUCGAGACUACAGAAAAGCUCUUCACUUAGUAUUCCAAAGUCCAAUUUGCUGCUGAUUUCUAAGGCAUCUCGGAUGUUUGGACAGUCUACUGGAAAGAACUCAAAAGUUCUGUCUGCCCAUUUGCCAUUGAAAGGCUGCAGUACAAACCUAGUUAAAAAAGUGUCUAGUUCUGGCAAAAUCACUGUGAAACCAGUGAAUGGCACAAUAAUCAGGGUGGCAAAUGGAAGAGUUCUGAAGGAAACAAGUGCUUUGAAAGUGUCACGAGUAUUUAAUGGCAAGCUUUACAGUGGAAAAGCUGACAGCAAAGGCAGAGUAAUAAAAGACAUCAGUGGCAAAACAAAAAAAAUGAACUGCAAGUCCCAUGUAACCAUUGGCCAAAAAAGGAAAAGGGAGGGCAAAGAUGAGACCUCAAUAGAGAAAAAAGCAAAACAUUCUCACUUGAUAGAGGUGGAUAAGACUCGUUUGCAUAAAAAAACACUGAAACUCUUAAACAGUCAGCCCAUCAAAAUAAACAAAUGGUCCUCAGAAGAAGAGGUGAGGAGAAAAGCACAGGAAAUUCUGAAAGUCAAUCUCUCACCUGAACUUAAAAUUAGGCCACUGAAAAUCUCCCCUGUAAUCAGAAUUAAGCCACUGAAACUUGCACCUGUAGUUAGUUAAUCCUGUCUUUUCACAUCUUGGAUCUGAAUUGUUUCAGGUGUUGGACUGUGCGUUGCCAUGACAGGGUUUCAAAGCCUUCCCUACCAAGACUAGUUUUAUUUUUAAACUAAGUAACUGGAAUUCAUUCUGUGAGCAGCUUAGUGCUGUAGUUGAGAUAAAUUUAUUCUUUUUUUUUUUUUUUUCUUUGUGUGCCACAGUCCAUUAUUAUCUCAUGUUAAGGGUUUUAAAAACGCUACCUGGCCUUUCAUCUUGCUGCACUAAAUGCACAGGGUACCCAAUGCAACAAACCGUAUAUAUUUUAAGACUUAAUGCACUGUGAUCUUUUGUGAUGUGUAAACAUUAUAAACUUUUUUCCCAUUAGUUUGUGUUUAAUAGCAUUUGUGUGCGACCUAAAAUCUGACGCCAUUAUUUAAGUCGACUUUGUCAUCAGCAGAUUCACUGUUGAGUUCUAAUUAAAUGUUUUGUUUUAACCUGCUUUGGACAUUAUAGUGAGUACAAUAAAAGUAAUACAGAGA